AUGCUCAAGGUGCUGGCGCUCGAGUCUGGCGUCCGGAAGGACCCCAAGAAGGGUGGCGGCGGAGGCGGCAGCAUUCUCUCGGCCAACCAAAACUUGGAGGGCCACAGCGGAGAGGUGCGGGUGGCGGCGUGGAAUACGGUGCAUCAGAAACUCACGACGAGCGACGAAAAAGGGCUCAUCAUCGUGUGGGCACUGAACAGAAACACAUGGCUGGAGGAGAUGAUAAACAACAGGAUCCUGUUCUGUGCCGCCAACGGAAGGUGCGACGUAUACGACAGCAACGGGAACUUCAUAUCCAGGGCGCCGCUGCCGGCAGCGUCUUCGUGCCUAAGACCUUGUCGAACGUCCUCUCAAGGUGGCGAGGGGCAACUGCAGCUGCGACUGCGAGGAUUUAAUUGGCAUGGCGUGUGGUGCCUCCAACAGGAUUCCGUGCAUGGAGGACCCAACAUUGUUGGCGUGGAGUGGUGUCCAAGUCGGCACGGCCGCUUCGACUGCGACAAUCGCAUGCUGGCCAUGGCAAUCGACAACGGCAUUGUGCGCGUAAUGGCACACGAAAGUGAAGAGGACGUGGUGCAAAUAGAUACGGAAUUGUGCAUCUCGCGUGUCAAAUGGAGCCCAGAUGGAUCGACCAUUGCGGUCGCCGGAAGCCAGGACGCCACAGUUAAUGGCGAAAGGAAGACGGUGUCUCUGCUGAGGUUUUAUUCCCCCUCUGGGCAGCGACUCCGGACGAUCCGUGUUCCGGGGGAACGGAUCGACGACUUCAGCUGGGAGGGAGGCGGCCUGCGGCUGGCGCUGGCUGUCGGGUCGUUCAUAUACUUUGCGAUCGUGAGGCCUGAUUACAAGUGGGCAUAUUUUUCGAAUACCCUCGUGUACGCUUUUGGCAAGAAGGGCUCUGAGUCCAGCGGCAACGCGAUGGUCACUUUUUGGAAUUCUCAGAGCAAUGAGCGUUACACAAAACAUGUGAAACACCUUGCCUACCACAUAAACAUGCCCAUCAAUCAUUUGGUGGUCACGGACAGCCACGUGGUGGCGGCCUCAGAGGAGCUGAUCUAUGCCUGGCACUUCAAGCCUGGGCUAUCUCUCGCAAAGAGCAACAUGGUGAAGGGUUCCCGUGAAAAGACGUUCCACGUUGAUGAUAUAAACACGGAGUCCGUGAGGGAGGCCUCCGAAGAUCUUAUUUCCUCCGUUUGCGCUGAUCGCAAUACCCUGCUGGUGGGCAGGGCCUCGGGAGUGGUGCAAAGGUACUCCCUACCACAACUGACCUCCAUGGGGAAGCAUGUUCUUAGAUGCAGACCAUGGAGAAUGGCUCUCAACUGCGACGCUACCAGAUUGGCCAUUAUCGACAUCAAUGGCGUCUUGUCACUUUUCGACUUCACGACCACCAGCUCCUCCAAUGUAGAUGCAAGCAUCUCUGGGGAUCACCUCGAUUUCGAGAGGAAGGACGUCUGCGACAUAUUGUGGAGCGAGGACAGCCCGGACCUAUUCGCCAUAUCGGAGAAGAGCCGAAUCUAUUUGUUUCGAGGUUUGGAUCCCGAGGAGCCCAUAACCUGCAACGCCUGCCUUUGCCGCUUUCGCGACUUGGAGCUCCAUGGUGUUAACUUGGACAGGGUCAUGCUCAGUCCCGAGGAUAGUCCUGUGGAGGAAUUCAUGGCUUUCGAGGCAAGGAGUCUCAGGGAUAUGAGGGAAAUCCUAAAGUCAGCCAAGCCAGAAGAUGCCCAUACUUUCGUUGAAGAGAAUCCUCACCCGCGGCUGUGGAGGAUCCUCGCAGAGCACUUCCUUUGCGAGUUGAAUUUCGAAGAAACGGAAAAGGCAUUUGUGAGAUGCGAAGACUACCACGGGAUCCAAUUCGUCGAUCGCCUGCAGCGCCUGAGAGAUUCAGAAAUCCAGAAAGCCGAAAUAGACUUCUACUUUCAGCGAUUCGACGAGGCGGAGAGGCGAUACUUGAGCAUAGAUCGGUCGGAUCUGGCGAUCGAAAUGCGUUUCAAAUUGGGCGACUGGUUUCGCGUUGAGGAGCUCGUGGCGGAAUGCGGCAGCGGAGACGCCACACUAGUGGCUGCGUGGAACAACAUAGGGGAGUAUUACUUCGACCGCCACGACUGGUACAAAGCCGCGCAGUACUACAGCCAGGCCAAAAACAGCGAGAAGCUGGUAAAGUGCCUGUGCGCCCUGGAGGAUUACGAGGGCUUGGAGAAGCUGCUGCACGUUCUGCCCGAUGGCUCCCCCCUGCUGCUCGAGAUCCGAGAAAUUUUCCAAGCAUUCAAUCUCUGCGAACAGGCCGUGGCUGCAUCUCUCAAGCUGGGAGACCCCAAAAGGGCGCUCGAUAGCUGCAUACUGACCAACCAGUGGCGGCAGGCCGUGGAAGUGGCGGCAAAGGAAAAUUUUCCGCAGAUCGAGCAGCUGCUGUCCAAGUACGCCAACAGGCUGAUCGAGGGCGGGCGGAUGGUUGAUGCAGUGGAGCUUUAUAUGAAGGCGAAUCGGCACAUGGAGGCGGCGAAGAUCCUGACGGAUUUGGCGCAGCAGUCCUCCCGAAACAAGGCUGGACCUUUGGUCAUCAAAAAGCUGUACGUGCUGGCCGCCGUGGAGGUCGAGAACUUCAGAAAACGUGCCUUGGAGCAGCCAGAGGGCCUGUCAGCGCUGGUUGCAGGAUCCGCCACCGCUCAGCCAACAUCGCAGCAGACACUGGCGGGUUUGAUGACGAUGGACGCGGCCAGCAUGGACAAGCAGGGCCAGGCGUUCGACGACGCCUGGCACGCGGCCGAGGCGUACCAUUUUUGGAUGCUGGCGCAUCGCCAACUGCAAGGUGGCGGCGCGGAGGCUGCCAUGCGCACUGCUUUGCACCUCAGGAAGUACGAUGACCUGAUCGACCCGCACGACAUAUACGCUUUCCUGGCUCUGGCGUCUUUCCAGUGCCAGUUCUUCGGGCAGUGUUCUAAGGCCCUCGUCAAGCUCGAGUCCAUGGAAAGCAUACCUGCAGAGAAGCGGGAGCAGUACAGCGACUUCGCCAUGUCCGUCUUCACGAAGCACGCGCCAAACGACCCUCGAACGCUGCGCGAGGCUCAGGGCGCCAGGAAGGGGCGGCAUGACUUCCUGGAGGGCUUGCACCGGUCCAAAGAGCAGGUCUGCGUGGCAUCAGGCAAGCUGCUGCGCGACCACAACACCCUUCGGUGCAAGGUCUGCCGACACCCGAUGAUCGCCGCGGAGGUGAAGGGUCGCACCUGCUGCCCUCUUUGUCACGCGCCGCUGCACUUUUGGUGA